AUGGUGAGCAAAUCAUUAUAUGGCUCAUGCCCAGCAACAGUUGUCUUCUCUUGCCCUUCAGCAUGGGUUGGGUAUGAAGGCAGGUGCUACUACUUUUCUGAAUCCGAAGAGACCUGGGACUCCAGCCAGAGUAAUUGCUCUGCAUCAGUUGCUUCUCUGGUUGUGAUUGAAAAUGAAAAGGAAAUGAACUUCAUAAUGCAAGUUAAAGGACCAACUGAAUAUUGGAUUGGCUUGAAGAGAGAGGAAGGGCAGACCUGGAAAUGGGCAAAUGGAACUGUCUUCAAUAACUGGUUUGCGAUUGGAGCUGAUGGACCCUGUGCCUACUUGAAUGAUGAAAAGGCCACUUCAACAUUAUGUGGAAUAAGACGAAAUUGGAUAUGUAGCAAGUCUGCUCAUGCAGCCUGAACAAGGCUUUUUUUCAUAUGUUGUUGUUCAUUCGUUCAGUCAUCUCUGACUCUUCGUGACCUCAUGGACCAGCCCACGCCAGAGCUCCCUGUCGGCCGUCACCAUAUAGAGACAGGAUAAAGAUUGUGCAGCAAUUUUCCCAUCCACUGGAAAACACACAACCCAGUUACAGUUCGUUGAAGUUUAACAAUUAUUAUUAUUAGUAUUUACAACAUUUCUACUCUGUACUUCUCAACCCCCGAGGGGGGACUCAUGGCGGCUUACAACCGACACAAUUUGAUGCCGCAACAUACAAACAAAUAUAACAAACAUUUAAAACAAUAGAUAAACAUUAAUUUAAAACAAAUUAAAACAUUAUUAUCAAACCAUAUAAACAUUUCCAGUCCGAUUCAACAUCCAAAGUGCUGUCAGGCCUGCUAUCCUAAAGCCUGGUCCCAAAACCAUGAUUUAAGCUUCUUCCUAAAAGAAAGGAGGGACAAAGCUGACCUAAUCUCACUGGGCAGUGAGUUCCACAGGUUGGGGACCACCACUGAGAUGCUCUUGUCCCUCAUCCUUGCCAAAUGCAUUUGCGAAGCUGGCGGGACCAAGGGCAGGACCUUCCUGGAUGAUCUUAAACUGUGAGGCAGGUCAUAGAGGGAGAUACGUUCGGACAGGUAAGCUGGGCUGGAACAGUAUAGUUUAUAGGACAACUUUAAAGACUACAACUUUAAAUUCUGCUUGGAAGUGGAACGGCAGCCAGUGGAGCUGACACAACGGGGGUGGUAUGUGUAAAGAUCCCUUACCUUGCCAGCCAGGGUGGCAGGGCCCAGCAAGAGUCAGGCUAGGUAGUGUCAGCUUACAGGGCCUGGCAGAGAGCUGCUGGAGCCAUCUUAGUUUAGGGAAAAGCUCCAGUUCAGAAAGGGGGAGUGGCCGAGGUCUGAGCCAGCCCAGCAACAGCCAGGAUUGGUUUAGGAAAGAGGGGCGGAGUUAGCCAGAUGGAGGGAAAGAGAACAGCUUAAUUUGAUCAGUUCAGUUUCAGUUUAGAUCAGUUCUGAGUAGAGUAGAGAGCAGUUCAGUUUUGAGAGAGGUUAGAGAAGGMUUUGGAUUUGUAGGAGUCUCUGUUUAGAAUAGGCAGCUUGCCUGUAGUUUGCACAGCACAGUAGGCUGUGGCAGACUGAGUUACAGCUAUUUUAGAAAAGAAAAUAGCUGGGUUUUGUGUUUAAGAA